AUUGUUCACAUCUAUAAAACCUGUAAGAUUUUCCUGCCUACACAUCGUAUAAAAGCAAACAUCAUGAGCAACAGCAGUUUACAGAAUAAAGUCGUCGUCGUUGCAGGUGCUUCUCGUGGUAUUGGUUUGGAAUUUGUGAAGCAGAUUUCAGCCACAAAUAAUGUCAUUUUUGCUGGUGCUCGAAAUCCUAGCCAGGCUAAAGAGCUACAAGACUUAGCUAAAAAAUGUGAAAACGUACAUCCCAUCACACUUGAUAUUUGUGAUGAUGACUCCAUCAAGAAAGCAGUCGAGGAGGUUUCUCAAAAAGCACCUCAGGGUAUUGAUGUUCUAAUCAAUACUGCCGGGAUUGCUGGGCCACUUGACAAUGCUACACAAACUACCAGAGAAGAUUAUAUGAGCACGUUCAACACAAAUGUUGUAUCCAUUGCUCGCAAUAUUAGCUUUUUCCUACCUCUUCUUCAAAAGCGCGGCAAAGAUCACGUCAAAAAAAUCUUGAAUAUUUCCUCCGAAUUCGGUUCCUUGCACCAUCGUGAAACCUCGGGAGCAAAUAAUAUGGCAGCUUAUGGUGUUUCCAAAGCUGCUUUGAAUAUGAUGACCGAAAUUGUUGCUAAUGAACUCAAGAACGACAAUUUCGUGGUUUAUUUGGGUCAUCCUGGUUGGGUUGCCACAGAUAUGGGAGGUAAAGAUGCUGCUCUCCAACCUCAGGAUUCAGUUCGUGGAUUGUUGAAAGUGCUGAAUGACGUAACGGUCAAGGAUAAUGGCAAAUUCUAUGAUUGGCAAGGCAAAGAAAUGAAAUGGUAGACUUGAAGAUUCAUACAAAUAUGACUUUAUAAAAAGCAUUCCAUUUGCGUACAAUAGCAACAUAGUAUUUUUUUUUGCUCCAGCCUCAUCGACUGACUAAUUAGCAAAUGCAUUAACUAUGCAAUUGUCUACGUAUAUUAUGUCUGUCAUUACUUUAAAACGGACAAU